GAACGGGUUCGCGGGCGGAACUCUGGCGGCGGGGGCAUCGCGGGCGCGGCGGAACCGUCCGCCGUGCACUUCCGGCGCCCUCCCGCCUCGCCGCCCCAUGGCCGCGUCCGUGGAUUUCAAAACCUAUGUGGAUCAAGCUUGUAGAGCUGCAGAUGAGUUUGUCAAUAUUUAUUAUGAGACGAUGGAUAAGAGAAGAAGGGCUUUAACCAGGCUGUAUUUGGACAAAGCCACGUUAGUUUGGAAUGGGAAUGCAGUGUCUGGGCAAGAAGAACUAAAUAAAUUUUUUGAAAUGUUGCCAUCAAGUGAGUUCCAGGUUAAUGUGUUGGACUGCCAACCCGUUCACGAACAAGCUACUCAAGGCCAGACAACAGUGCUCGUGGUGACAAGUGGGACUGUCAAAUUUGAUGGCGAUAAGCAGCGCUACUUCAAUCAGAACUUCUUGCUGACAGCACAGGCCACCCCCACCAACACCGUGUGGAAGAUCGCCGGGGAUUGCUUCCGCUUCCAGGACUGGGCCAGUUAGCAGGGACUGCCAGGGAAGUGACCUCUCUCAUUUGGCACGAAGGAGUCCACUGUGCAGGCAGCUGUUCUCCCCUGGGAACACACGCACUCUUUGUGUUGCAUCUGUUGUUACGGAAGGUCCGCAGAUCCUUCGGGGCUGGUUCCGGUGACCACGGCUUUAGUAAUAAUCUUAAAAUGUGAGAGGUUGCUCGUGUUAGUUGAAUUUAGUGAAGUGCUGAAGGCAGUGAGCUGUACUCGAAUCAUUCCCCAAAUGCCUUACAUGCAGCUGUGCUGCCGCUGCUGGAUGCUCAAACUCUGCUAUUUAAAUACAAAAUCCUAUUCAUAUACAAUUCUGACCAAAAGUAGUUUUUCUUCAACUUGAAAAGACCUGUUUUUACAGUAGCAUCUUCUCUUUUUUGAAGAAGGUGCUUGUGGCAUGUGGAUGGAAUUCCGAAAGCUACCUACUCCUGAUUGUAGGAGGCUGGGAAGGAUUCUACUGUUUGUGACAGGAGCAAAUCUCCCAAUCCAUUGGAAAGGUCAUGUUACCUUCUCUGAUGUGAUAGAACUAAAUAAUCUCAUCGGGUUUCCUUCUGGUCUGAGCUUCCCAGACUUUGGUCCUGGUUAAUUUACAUGGAUUCAUAUGUAGGGCAUGCUGAAUGAUUCGGAGCUCCUGUGCCAACAACUUGCCACAUGCAUGUAAAGGACUUCAAACUGAAUAUUUUUCCUUUGAAGUCUUGCAGUGACCUAGAAAUAGGUUGGUAACAUGAUUUCUGUUUGCUUUAACUGUUCAGUCUGUUGCUAUGAGGUUUGGACUAUUUUUCCCACAUUAAGUCUGCGAGUUUUGAAUCCUUUUUUGUCUUUUCAAGAAACAUUGUAGUUCAAAAGUGGCACUGAAAGUGUGUAUUACUGUGAAGCCUUCAAUUUUUCUCUUCAGUACUGUUAUUCAGGACAGGUGCUUGAAUUAUUUUUGAGAACAGCAGCUCUGCACCACAAACACUAAUCUUCCUCUCAUGCAGGUUUUUACUGUAUUUUUCAUGUUCUUUGUAAACAUGGCCUUUAAUUAUUGAUUCUGGGGCGUUUUGUGUGUCUUGCUUUGAAUUUGCAGUUUAAAGCUUUCAGCUGCUUUAAAAUAGUUUUCAAGACUGCAGGUUAAGACUGUCUGUCUUAACUUGGGAAAUUAAGAGUAAAUCUGGAUAUCAGCAGAUUUGUUUUAAAUUGGCCUGUUUCUAUUUUAAGCU